CCGUCCUUCGUGGGGUUGGCAAAGAAUCCUCUUUGGUAGGAAGUUACUGAUACAGGGUUUAAGGUGGAAAAUUGGAAAUGGCCAGACUACGUCUUUACUUAACUCUAACUGGAUCCCUCUACUCCAGACGAAUCCCCUUUGCUAUAACCCUCGGAUCCUUCCAGAGGGGGGGACCCACCUGUUGCGGAGGUUAUGUAUCCAGGUGAGGGGUGCUGGGAUGAUCGCAAGUUAAGUCAAUGGUUUGAUCCACCUACCUGUAAUGCCAUUAAAGCUAUCCCCCUUCCGAGGCAGAAUGUAGCAGAUAGGUUGAUCAGGCAUGUUACGGCGGAUGUGGUCUUCACGGUCAAAUCCGCUUAACAUUUAGCUGUUGACAUUGAUAGGAGGAGGGGUGCCUGGCGAUCAACGGUUGGUUGGAUGGAUAAGGAGUCAUGGUUCGCUUGUGGGGUGCGAAUAUCACUCCGAAGCUCAAAGUCUUUGUUUGGCAGAUCCUCAAUCACAUCUUGCCUACCACGGAGGCCCUUAUUGAUAAACAUAUCCCGGUGCAUCCCAGAUGUCCGGUUUGUUGGGCUAGCGCAGAAACAAUGGAGCAUUUUUUCUUGGACUAUCCAGUGGCUCGUGUCCUUUGGGAUUAUUCUAGCUUGGGGUAUCUGGGGGAGGGGCUCCCUCAACAUACCUUCCCUAUGUUCCUGAAGAGACUAAUGGCUCUGAUUCACCAGCCUGAUCUUUUCAUGGCUGUGGUAGCCAUCCUUUGGCGGAUUUGGAGUUCGCGGAACUGGGUUGUCUUUCAAGGCAAGCAGUUCGGGUUCCCUGCCUUGAUGCGUCAUUUCCAUCAGCAGUAUGAGGAGUGGGUCCGUCUGCCUAGGGAUAGGAUCCCCAGGACUGUUCCCCCUGCGGCAGUUCCUCCCGGGACACAUCAAGUAGGUCUUGCUGGGGAGGACAGUGUCGUUUGUAUGUGGGAUGGGGCGGUGAGGAGGGGUUCACAUUCGGCUGGCGGGAUGGUUCUUCUGACUCCGACGGGGGGUGUUUGGCUGGUAAGAGGGGUUCAGUUUCCUUGCAUGGAUGACCCUUGCUUGUCCUCCGUGAGGUUGUUUUGUGGUGCUUGUCGAUUGGCCUCUUGGAAGUGAAGUUUGAAGGGGAUGCUAAGGUGCUCAUUGAUAAAAUCAAUCAGGCGGAUGCCAGAGAUAACCGAGUCGGAGUUGUUCUGGAGGAACUUCUGCAAUAUUUUUUAACAACUAUACUGGGUUUCGUGUUCGAUUUGUAGGUCGGCGUAGUAAUAGGGUAGCUCAUAUGGUGACUCGUAAAGCCCUCUCGUUGUACCCGACUAUGAGUUGUUUCUUUGAUUUUCAGGCCUGGCUUAAUGCCAGGAUGUAACUAUCUAUUAUUUGAAUCAAUAUAAGAUUGUAUUUUGUAAAAUAAAAAAUGCAAACAAUAUAAGUAAUUUGAUGUUUUCCUUUGGGUCUCCGACUCUUGUUUCAAUUUUCAUCUAUUCUUGUUCUGAACUUCUGAUCCAAGUCCCUUGAUUAUCCUCUUUCGUACUCGAUCGCGGAACAUGGUAAUGAUUGCAGAUUUGAUACCUUGCAUUUAAGUUUUGAUGUAAGUGAGUUAGUUUUCAUUUACUUUUGAAUAUAUUUUUGUUAAGCUCCAAAUUGUCCGUUGUUUUGUACUUUGCUCGUAAUAGCCAGCGCUAUAUGGUGAGAAAAAUUACAGUAGGAGAGGUUUGGUGAGCUUGUGACGGUGGUUAGAUUAUUGGGACGCAUGUUUUCGCGUUUGUGACAAUAGUAGUGAUUUUGAAAGAAAUACUAGUUAGGUUAACCACAACUUGGAGGCAAAAAAUAGGGGUCUAAAAUGUUAGGAAUUUCAUUUCCUAACUUAAGUGGGCUAUAAUGGGCUAACUAUGAGUGGUCAAUGAAUGGAGUCCAUGAUUACUUAAGUCCAAUAUGAGUCCAAUGAGGAAAACCCAAUACUUGUUCACAUUGGGUUGUAUGGGAGCCCAUGGUGACUAGUAUAUAAAGAAGUUUGAGGUUGUGGUGCCCAACACACCAAGAUCGACAUACUCUCUUCUUCUCCCCCUCGAGAAGAUUAGAGCUCUCCCGUAAAGGAAUGGAGGAGGCUUGGUUGAGGAAGGUCACGAAACCUCCUAGAUCGUGCUCUAAGAGUAUCGUCCAGUUUAAGAUAAUCGUUCAUAUUUCGCAUCAAGACUUUGAUGAUCAACCAUACAAAUACAGGUAUUUCUAUUCAGCUUUGAUAAUCUGACAAGAUAAAUUCCAAAGAAAUACAUAGGCUAAAGAUUAAUUCCAACACUAGAGGCUAAAAUGACCUUGCCCCCUCGAAAAAAGAAACUGAUGCAACCCUGAGGCUAUAAUUUUCAGUUUCAUAUUUUGUAAUCCUAACUUAUGAAUAGUUAAACUUGUAUUUUUUAUUUAAAAUUUAAAUCUUCAUUAAUGAUAAUUCGAUACAAAUAUUCUAACAGAGUUUAAGCAAUUUCUUAGAUAUUUUUUUUAUAGUUGAAAUAGACGAAAGUUAGACGAAGUGAGCUUCGUUCAACAAAAUUUUCAAGAUUUUGAACAAUUUUGGAGAUACUUUUGCUUUUGGUUGAAAUGGACGAACUUUCCAAAAUUUUAAUAUAUUUGUCUUUAAAUAACAAUCAAAUGGCCGAAAGUUACAAGGAAAUAAGUUUCGUUGGUUUAAAAAAAACACCAUAACAAAUAUAUACAUUUGAUUUUUCUAAUAAAAAUAAAUUGAUCAAUCAAUUUAUGAGAUACUUUGUUAUUCAUUGAAAAUUUUCAUUGGUUGUGUAAAAGGGAAUCUUUUUUAGGCAAAGUAAUUUUUAAUGUGAAAUUAUUAAAUAAAUUUAAUAUAUGAUGUGUCACUUUUGGCUUAUUUGAUUGGGAGCCUAGUCAGCGAACCGUCAAAGAAGUUGACGAUGUUACUAAAAUCGUUAAAACAACUGCAAAAUUUUGCUAUAAGUGAUUUUUCUCCUAAAUUAGCUAUUAUUUUCAUAAACACAAAAAUUUUGA